AAGGGCGUGUGGCACCUCACAGAUACAGCGAAGCAACUAAAAAGUAGAGCGAAGACUCUACUCCGAGAGUGAGAGAAAGAGAGAGCGAGGGAGAGAGAGAAAGAAAGAAAGAAAGAGGGAGAGCUCUCUGUCUCUGGACAUGACAUAAUUGAUACUCAUACUGAACAAGGGAGAAUAGGAGGCGGUGGAGUGAAAAGAGAAUGGGAAAAGACCAUGAAGAUGAAGUGACAACAAUUCUCAUCAGGUGGAACCGCACCGGAGCACCUCUUCUCCUGGGGACGCAUCAGAUCAUUAAGACAAGGAACAUUAGCAGGAGAAAAAAAGGGUUGAUGACAGGACAAAUAACACAGAUGGACCAUUCACUUUGUUUAUCUCUCUUUGGACUCAGUUUGACGGAACCCUAAACAGCCCUGUGUGGAUUCACAGCACAGAGAAGCACAUAACCUGUGAGUGUGAGCUCUCUCAGGGGAGGGCACAGGGUUGUGAGAUUGGGGAGAUGAGUCUGGGAGGAUAACAAGCAGCUGUGUGGAGGAAAGAGCGGGCAGAGGAGGGCAGAUCCACCAUGUCCCUAAGUGGAAUGGGCAGUAUAUCCCAGGAUGGCGUGCCAGUGGCCAGCAACGAGCGCCGGAACACACGAGUGAAGAGGGCUGUCCGCAUCUCCAGCAUCGUUGCUCAGGAGGUCCUCUCACUAGGUGCAGAUGUCCUACCAGAGUACAAGCUCCAGACCCCUCGCAUCCAUAAAUGGACCAUCCUGCACUACAGCCCCUUCAAGGCGGUGUGGGACUGGGUCAUCCUGCUCCUGGUCAUCUACACUGCCAUCUUCACCCCCUACUCUGCGGCCUUUCUACUUAGUGACCAGGAGGGGGCGGCCAUGCAGACCUGUGGUUACUCCUGCUCUCCGCUCAACGUGGUGGACCUCAUCGUGGACAUCAUGUUCAUUGUUGAUAUCAUCAUCAACUUCAGGACGACGUACGUCAACAACAAUGACGAGGUGGUCAGCCAGUCACAGCGGAUCGCUGUGCACUACUUCAAAGGCUGGUUCCUUAUAGACAUGGUGGCGGCUAUCCCCUUUGACCUGCUCAUAUACCGCUCAGGAGAAGAGACAACAACCCUGAUUGGUCUGUUGAAGACUGCUCGGCUGCUGCGAUUGGUGCGCGUAGCUCGGAAGCUGGACCGAUACUCUGAAUACGGAGCGGCCGUCCUAUUCCUCCUCAUGUGUACCUUUGCCCUCAUAGCUCAUUGGCUGGCCUGUAUUUGGUACGCCAUUGGUAAUGUGGAGCGUGCAGGAGCAGCCCGGAUUGGCUGGCUGGACUCUCUGGGUGACCAGCUCGGAAAACCCUACAAUCAGACUAUACCAGGGUCAGGUCCCUCCAUAAGGGACAAGUAUGUGACAGCGCUCUACUUUACCUUCAGUAGCCUGACCAGCGUGGGCUUUGGAAACAUCUCACCCAACACCAACUCUGAGAAGAUCUUCUCUAUCUGCGUCAUGCUCAUCGGCUCUCUGAUGUAUGCUAGCAUAUUUGGUAAUGUGUCAGCCAUCAUCCAGCGGCUCUACUCCGGCACAGCUCGCUACCACACCCAGAUGCUGCGGGUUCGAGAAUUCAUCCGGUUCCACCAGAUCCCCAACCCACUGAGGCAGCGGCUGGAAGAGUACUUCCAACAUGCCUGGUCCUACACUAAUGGCAUUGAUAUGAAUGCUGUGCUGAAGGGCUUCCCAGAGUGCUUGCAGGCUGAUAUCUGCCUGCACCUCAACCGCACCCUGCUGCAGAACUGUAAGGCCUUCAAGGGCUCCACUAAGGGCUGCCUGCGGGCCCUGGCCAUGAGGUUUAAGACCACCCAUGCCCCGCCAGGCGACACCCUGGUUCACGCCGGUGACAUCAUCUCAGCUCUUUACUUCAUCUCCCGUGGCUCCAUAGAGAUCCUGAGAGGGGAUGUGGUAGUGGCCAUCCUGGGUAAGAAUGACAUCUUCGGAGAGCCCAUUAACAUGUAUGCCCGUCCAGGGAAGUCCAAUGCCGACGUGAGGGCUCUGACCUACUGUGACCUCCAUAAGAUCCACAGAGAGGACAUGCUGGAGGUGCUGGACAUGUAUCCCGAGUUCUCUGACUACUUCUGGGGGAACCUGGAGAUCACCUUCAACCUCCGGGAUACUGCCACGGUUGCUGGCUCAAUGAGCAGUAAGGACUCUGACCAUGGUGGAGUCAACCAUCGCAUUCCCAGACAAAACCUGUCUCUCAGCUUGGACAGAGAUGCAGGGGAGACCAAUCUAUCCCAGAGACCUGUCCGCAGUGCCAGAGGCCAGAGCUCCAGAGACGAGGGAGAUGGGCAGAACACAGAGUUUGAGGGGCUGAGGAACUCAGUUUAUUCUUCUUCCCACUCCAGCGGAGAUGAGGAGUCAGUGUUAACCAGCCCUGUACAUCCAACUUCAUUAAUGCGGACGCCCUAUAGUGAAACCACCAUCCUCAACAUCAGCAGUGCUUCAGAAGAUGAGAUGAACCAGAAAACUGGCAACACCUGCAACGCUCUCUCAGGGGCUAUCUCAGGUGUCUCCAACAUCUUCAGUUUCUGGGGGGAGAGCCGCGAGCAGCAGCACUAUCAGGAUGUACCCUGCCACAGCCUGCCCUCCCCUCCCCUUCAUCCUCCCACUCACAACGUUGCCCUGAGCAGCAACAACCGACGGCAGGGGAGCGAGCUAGAGAACAGGCUGGACCUGCUGCAGAGACAGCUCUACAGAUUGGAGUCACGGAUGUCAACAGACAUCGGGGCCAUCAUGCAGCUGCUUCAGAGACAGAUGGUGCUGGUGCCCCCGGCCUACAGCACAGUGUCCUCCUACCCUGAACCGUCUGUCACCCCCACCCUCACCCCCAAGCCUGCAGAAAGGCUGGUGCAGCCUGCCUCACCACUGGACACAGAGAUCCUAGCCUCCUUCUCACAGUUCUUGGUCGACACAGACUUUGACGACAGCCCUUCCAAGUCCUGUGAGUCUCUGCACAGCAUGGAGCCAACCCCAGUCCUGGAGACACUCCCCCAGACUCAGCAUCUUCGCAUUAGCAUCCAGCCAGAGCAUCAACCCCUGGGCUUGUCCAGCCAUCCAGAUACUGUGCCCUUAAGCCUGGUCAAACAUGGGAACUUCUCAGAGUCAGUGCCGGGGUCAGGGCCAGGAUUGGCCCAGUCAGAGCCCUCAUAUGGCCGGCGGCGGCGGCUCUCCCUGCCUGGGAAACACACAGCUCUGGACCUGGAGAGCCCCUGGACAACUGCACACAGAUACAGCUCUGACCCUGGGAGUUAGGGGCCAUCCAUGGCACUGUAUGUGUAACACUAACAGUCUCCCUGUUUAUGGACAUGGAGUCAGAAGAGUAUGUAGUCAAACAGAAACAUAUCCAAACUGCUUCCCUCUCUGCUCCUGAAAUGCAAUAUCCUGGGCUUCGGAUAAGAAGAGUUUUUGGUCAUUAUGGUCCUCAAAGCAUAUCUUUUCACAAAUGUAUACUACCAUUUGCAGUAUUGUAUAUGGAAACCUAUUUGUUGUUGUUAGUCAAUAUCUGUCUCUAUAUGUCCUUGUUGUCUCCAUGUAGGGGUCAGCUGGAGUGUUAGCCGGGCUAACAUUACUUUCUGUUUUGUCUUGUGUAGUUGUGAUGGGAGAGAUGGGAGAGAUGUUGCUAAGUUUCACUGGUCUACUGAUGAAGCUGUACCGGCUGUCCGUCUCAAUGGCUAAAAGCCAUGAAUUCUGGGAUCCAUGUCAAGUCCUUGAAUUACUGAACUAUAUUAGCACGCAAUAUGCAAACUGUACAAUUUUUCUGUUCUCUUAUCAUGGUGUUAAUGAUGUGGUUUCUUCUCUCCUUUGUCCUUGAGUUAGCCUAAAUGUUAAAUGAGAUGGCGGGGGCGCUGAAUGAUGACACAAUUUCCAAUCCCAGGCCAGCAGAGGAUUACAGAAUGAUGAUAUAAUCUACUGAAUGAAGUAUCUAUCAGAACACAUUAAUAUUCCAUGAUGCAGGCUGGCCAACUGGGACCAUUCACCUCCCUUCUCUCUCUGACUCCAGAAGACAGACUACUCAGUUACUGUAAAAAGCAAAGACAAGUGUAAUGCCACUGCUAAAAUGCCACUGUUUACACAUUUAAGGGCAGGACCUGCAUGUGUUACAACCUAAACUAAAAUAUUCUGUCUCUUGUUUUAUGAAAGAUUUAGAUUGAAUGAUUUAUUGAAAAUGCAUUUGUAUAUAUUUAAAGAAUCUAUUGUUAUGGUUUAUUGAUUCAUUGUCAGUCUAAGUAGUACCCUUACUUAUCCUAUUGUUAUAGGUGUGUUACUGUCCAGUUCUGGGAAAUAGAUUACUGCAAGGAAAGUAGCUUGUGAUGUAGGGAUAUAAUGUAAAUAUCAGAUACAGUUAUUGCUGGUUGCAGAUUUUGGCCAGGGUACAGUAUUUAUUGAAUCAAUUGAAUAGAGUUACCGUGUAGUUUGAUUUAACUUUGAUAAUGAAAAUUUUA